UGCCUGCGUUCAUGUGGUGUGACGUCACGGCGCUUAUUGGGUGCCAUCAAUUCUUUAGCAGCUGUGCGCGAUAAAAGUGACAUACGCGGAAAAAAAACAGCAACAUGAGCAGGGUUUUAUUGGAUUCAUAGCUCAGAAAUUAAGUUUAUAGUGAGCAGUUUUGCUCCGGGUUUUUAACUGCGCUGUAUAACAGAGACAUGGCCCAUGCCAAGAGCCUGCGUCGCGUUUGUUAAUGUUGCGGUUUGGGAGUUUGUCUUAGCAGAAAACUGCUUUUUUUUUUUUUAGAGGUGUAGCGCUCAAAGAGCACGUAGAUACCUGUGUGUGUAUUUAUGUGUGUGUGAGUGUGUGGGGAAGAAAGCCUGAGAGAAUAACAAGCAGCCAUGAUAACGUCAACUCCUGAGACUUCAGCCGGCCGCCCUUCGCGCUCCGGGAGACGGAGCGCCGCCACCGCCGCCGCCGCGGCCCCCGGAGCCUCUCCGUCCUCGGUGAGUCCGACGCGCCUGAGCCGCCUGCAGGAGAAGGAGGACCUGCGACAGCUCAAUGACCGCCUCGCCAACUACAUCGAGCGUGUGCGCCAGCUCGAGAAUGAGAAAUCUUCCAUGCGGCUCCUUCUGGAGGAGAAAGAGGAAACCUCGACCCGGGAGCUGAAGAAUGUGCGCCUGCUGUAUGAAACGGAGCUGGCCGACGCUAGAAAAACUCUGGAUAACACAGCCAAUGAGAGAGCCAGGCUUCAGAUAGAGUACAGCCAACUGUGUGAAGACCACCGCAAGCUAGUGGCCAGGAAUAACAAGAAAGAGGCUGAGCUGGCCAACGCAGUGGAGCGCUGGAGGAAUCUCGAAGCUGCCCUGAACUCCAAAGAGGCAGACUAUGCUAAUUUACUAGCAACUAACCGUAGACUGGAAAAUGAAGUUGCAGACCUCAGAGCACAAGUGGAUAAUCUGGAUGCAGCCUUGCAGAACGCCAAAGCUCAGGUUAAUUCAGAGAUGCUUCGUCGAGUCGACGCAGAGAACCAGAUGCAGACCCUCCACGAGCAGAUGGAAUUUCAGAAGCAGCUCAAUGAACAGGAAGUGCGGGAGAUGCGGAGUCGGUACGAGAGCCGUCUGGUGGAGGUGGAUUCAGGAAGGCAGAAGGAGUUUGAGAGCAAGUUAGCAGAUGCCAUGCAGCAGCUACGACAAGAGCACGAAUCCCAGAUCCUGCAGUAUAAAGAGGACCUGGAGCGCACCUUUAAUGCUAAGUUGGAAAAUGCCAAGCAGGUGGCCUUGAAGAACAGUGAUUAUGCCACCUCUACCAGAGAAGAGCUGGAAGGAACCAGAAUAAAAGUGGAGUCCCAGUCCAAGCAGAUAAACAGCCUGCAGAAACAGAACCGUGAGCUGGAGGCACGAGUGCAGGACUUGGAGCGAGCUCUGGACCGCGAGAGGCAGCUCAGCCAACAGCGGCUCUCCCAGAAGGAGCAGGAGAUGGCUGACAUGAGGCAGCAGAUGCAGGCACAGCUGGAGGAGUACCAGAGUCUGCUGGACAUCAAACUCAUGCUGGACAUGGAAAUCAACGCCUACAGGAAGAUGCUGGAGGGAGAGGAGCAACGACUCAAUCUUUCCCCGAGUCCCUCUCAGCACGCGCCCAUCUCCCGCACACAUGUCCACGCCACACGCAAAGCCUGGGGAAAGAAACGGAAACACGAGGGCGGGACAGGUCUCUCUCCGAGUUACAAAGUGUCCCAGCACUCUUCUGCUCGUGGCUGUGUGUCCAUUGAUGAGGUGGACCUCGACGGAAACUUCGUAAGGCUCAAGAACAACUCUGACAUGGAUCAGCCAAUAGGAGGCUGGACAGUGAGAAGAAGUCAACCAGGAGGACCUGACAUCAUCUUUAAGAUCCCUUCAUCCUACGUUCUGGCUGCUGGACAAACGCUGACGAUCUGGUCUGCAGGUGCUCGAGUGGAGCAGAAACCUCCUACUGAUCUGGUGCUGAGGAGCCCAAAGACGUGGGGAGCUGUGAGUGAUGUCCGGGUGUCUCUUCUCAAUCUGUACAGUGAAGAGACAGCAGAGCGCUGCGUGGUUCGUCUGCAGGGUCGAGCAGAUGGAGAUUCUGAAGAGGAUCUGGACGAAGAGAGCAGCGUUGGGUCCGAGAUUCACCUCCGCCGCCAGGCCAAAAGAAAGAAAAAGAAAUGUUGUGCUCUUUCCUGACCUGUCCCAGCACAGUAGGGUUAUGCGCCAAGUCAGGAGGCCAGCUGUGCAGUAAUGUAACUGCCAUGUACCCAGAUGUCUACACUGGAGCGUGAUGUAGACAUACCACCCCAAAUCUUUUACACAAAGUCUUUCAUAUAUGUAACCACCAUGCCCUGAAAUAGUUUCUCAGAGCAAAAUGUGUAUUUCUUAUUCCAGGGCCCAUGUGUAAGACCCGAGAAGGGCCGCAAAGCCCUCGUCUCAUUCACGUGAUCACAUUCAAUGAUAUGAUAUACAGGGCUAAGAUUAAAUCAAGACCAGCAAUAGUAGUCUAUACAUUUUCUUCCCUGGUCUUUCCAAGGUCUGUUCCUCCCUGUUUAUUGUGCCUUGGCUUGCCAUAUUAUCCUCUGUUUUGCACUUGCUAUACUUGCACAUUACAUGUUAAGCUAAUGGAAUGGUUUGUACAAGUAGCCAGAUGUGGUGAAAAGUUCCUGAGGACUAACAUGGUAGACAGCUGUUGAACAUGUAGCAUUACUGGAAUUUUGUUUUGAGAAAUAAACUUUUCCUUAGAUUUGUAUGUAAAUUACUGUGACCCUGUAUAUUUUGUCACAUGUUUAUUGGAUAUUAAUUUAUUUUUCUCUCAUAAUUUAAUCAGCUGACAGAAAACCAUGAUCAGAAUGUGUCAGAAUGAGCUUUUUGCAUAUACGUAAUCUGUUUUCCUGACAUUUGAAGCGGAACAUGCCUGAACACCUAACCAUCUAUAGACCUCAACUGUCAUUGUUGCCUAUUUGUUUAUUUCCCUUAAUAAUACACUUUUAUACAUAGAAAUUUAAUAAAGAAUAUGCCGUGA